UUGCAUAUUUGGCAUGCUGUCCAAUGGGAUCGAGGACUCCGAGCUUGGAAUUUAUUUAGCCUAAACCCAGAGUUCUCCCCCGUAUCCCCAGCCAAGAGUGAGGAAUGGGGUGGCGGAGGGAUGCAGAAAACUGUCGAGGUAACUAGGUGAGGCGGCUUUCGUCUGUGUAUACCUCCUCUCGAGCUGAUUAGAUAGACCGUUUGAAUGAGCUCCUCCAAAACUUUGUUUAUAAAACAUCAUUUGUCGCUUGAAUUCUGCAUUAUCUUGAGACGCAGACAUGUAAGAGGCUGACAAUUAGCUGAACAUAUACCAGUUUAAUUAGUGACACUUAGCCUUUAUUUGUACAUGGCAACAUUUUUAUUUUAAAAUCUUUAUUUGUAUAUGGCAACAUGAUGGCUCAUUCUACAAUAUUUCUGUGAUUAAAUCGCUCCUCCCCCAUCACCCAAUCACUGUGGGCAUAGUUAGUAAGCAUGUUGACAUUCAUAGCAAGGAGGUCAACCCCGCCCUUACUCUUAGCUUAAGACUUAUGUCUGUUGCUUAGUAAAAGUUUGUCUCAGCAGCUUUUAUGAGAAAACUCUUAACAUUUACUGCUAUUUAGAAGUCGUAGUGGUAAGAUAAAAUCUUUGUGAAUAUUGCCCCAGAUGUGUAAAACCAUUAAUAAGAACAGGGGGUAAUAUUGUUUGUGUAAUUUUAGGCAUAGAAUCUUAUGUUAAUGGCUGAUUUCUCUCAUAGUGUGUUCUAGUUUUUGGCACAAGUCCUGCUAUUCAAAGCAUCAUGAAUGGAAUAGAAAACAGUCCUUAUGGGAAGUAAGUUCAGAGGAAGAUUCGCUGUCAAAUGAGGAAUACAUACCAUAGUCUGAGUCAGACAAUCAGUCAGACAGUUCAGAUGAACUGACAACAAGACCAGCAAGAUAUGAUCAGGCUAAACACCUCUUAGAUAUACAGGGAGCUGCAUCCUCUAAGUUUAGUGAACCUCUGAGAUCAGACGUAACACCCCUGAAUAUAUCUCAGGGCAAAGGAAAACAAACCUUAAAGGCCAGGGAAGCAGCUUGUGUGUAUGAAAAGUCUGACUUGCUUUGUCAUGAGGAGCAGUUGACUGAUGUCGAGACAGACAGUGAACCAGGCGGUUCUGGUGAAUGCCACCUUCCCAGAAAUGUGGUUAUGCAGUCACCCCGAUCACACAACGGAGAGGAGAGUAGUGAGAAGAUUUUGAAUGCAAAUAGGGCGGCAGCAUUGAGAGAGGAAGGGAGGGAAAGCAGCAUGGCUGAAGCAGAUCAGUGUGUGCAAUCAGCAAAAAUUUCUUGUUCUUCAAAUAGUAAGAACUACUGUUACAUCUGCGGGAAACCUCAGUCCAAGUUAGCGCGCCAUUUGAAAACCCACAUGGAUGAAGUUGAAGUUGGGCAGGCUUUGUCACUCCCUGUGCACUCGAAAGAACGUAAAGCAAUGCUGCAGAAACUCAGGAACAAGGGCAACUAUCAGCAUAACACAGAUGUUUUACAGUGUGGAGAGGGGGCUCUUAAAAUAAAACGGGCACCAAAAAGACAGUGCGAUUCCAAACAGUUUGUGCAUUGCAUGUACUGCAAAGGGAUGUUCGUACGGACAGAUCUAUGGCGUCAUUUGAAAAAAUGUCCCUCAAAACCAGUGUCUGACAGUGAAAACCAAGGGAGAACCAGGGUUUUGGGUCUUGCAACUAUGGCAGAGUCUUCAUUCAGUCAGCAGAUCAUGCAAGGAGUUUGGAAGCUCUUAAGUGUGAUAAAGCAGGAUGACAUCUCUGCUGUUGUCAAAAAUGAUCUGAGUAUUCUUCAGCUUGCACAGUCUUUCUUUAACAAACAUGGGCAUGACCCUACCAAGUUUGAGUACAUUCGACAAAAACUGUGUGAAAUUGGAAGAUCGUUGUUGACGUUGCGUAGAGAGUUUUCUAUAUACAGUCUUGAAGAAGCUGUGAAACCUGCCAAUUUUCAUAGACUCAUUCGAGCGGUCCAGAGGGUGUCUGGCUAUGAUGACGAGAGUCACUACUACCAAUGCCCCAGCCUUGCACUGAAACUGGGGCAUUCGCUGAAUAAGAUCUGUGAAAUCAUUCACUGCCGAGCACUGAUGUCUGAGGACAAAGAACUCAUCACGUCAACAGAGACCUUUAAAAAGCUCUAUUCCUCAAAGUGGUCUGAGAUGAUCUCGAACACUGCUUUGGUCACACUGAAUGAGGCGAAAUUCAACAAGCCUUCAACGCUGCCUUUUACUCAAGAUGUACAGUGCCUGCAUCGGUUCCUUGAGAAGACUGCACAUGAUGCAUUUCAGAAAUUAAAAGAGACUGAAUCACCUCAAAGCUAUGCAGAACUAGCCAAAGCGGCACUCACCAAAAUCAUUGUGUUCAAUCGUAGACGCGCAGGAGAGGUCUCGAAAAUGCCGCUCAAAGCCUUCAAAGAAAGGGACAGCACUUCUCUUCAUGAUGAUGUUGCCUUGGGCCUGAGCAGGUUUGAGCAGAAACUCUGCCGCCAUUAUAGUCGAGUUGAGAUCAGGGGGAAAAGGGGAAGAAAAGUUGCCAUUCUUCUCACACCAGAUGUGGUUGAUGCUCUGCUGCUGCUGGUCAGCAAGAGAAGUGAAUGUGGAGUGCUGGACACGAAUGAAUUUCUGUUCGCUAGACCAAACUGCCAAAGUCACUACAGAGGCCAGGACUCUCUCAGGGCCUACGCAAGUGAAUGUGGAGCUCAGAAUCCAGAGUUUCUAAGAUCAGCUCAUCUGUGUAAACACGUGGCUACUCUCUCCCAAAUCCUAAACCUGAAAAACAAUGAAUUAGAUCAGGUCGCUGAUUUCUUAGGACAUGAUAUCCGCAUCCAUCGCGACUAUUACAGGCUGCCAGAAGCCACUACUCAGCUGGCUAAAAUUUCAAAAUUACUCUUAGCCAUGGAAAAGGGAUGUCUUCCUAAUCUUCAAGGCAAAUCACUUGAUGACAUUGAGAUCGAAGGUAUGUUCAUCCUAGUGAAGGCAGUACAGUGGAUCUUUUACACUCAUGGGGAGGUUUAAGGAAACUGAUUAUAAAGAGUUACGAGAAAUUAUUUGAUGCGCCAUUCAUCCUGCAGUAUGCUGUAGGGUGUAGUCUAAUUUGGAAUGUUUCAUAAAUGACUUCUGAAUAUGGGUUAAACAGGAGUAAGUUGUUCUUGUGUUAUAAAUAUAUUU